AUGGUUGCCUUAUCUGCACUUGUCCUUGCUUGUGUACUCCUGUUCCUCUUUGCGUUACAUGCGCUUCCGUGUCGACGUCCUCCGAACCUACCCUUAGGACCAAAAGGCGAAUUCUUCGUCGGCAAUCUGAAAGUUAUACAAUCGAAAUAUCCAUGGAAAAAAUAUUCGGAAUGGUCCAAGUCGUUCGGUGAUAUCAUAUACAUGACUGUCGUCGGACGACCUUUCGUCGUUCUGAAUAAAUAUGAGCAUGCACGGGAACUCCUGGAUAAACACAGCACGACCUAUUCUGACCGACCUAGGAUGUACUAUAUUGUUGAAAUGUUAAAAAUUCGCUCUGCAACGUUCAUGCCAUACGGUGAUACAUGGAGAUUGUAUCGCCGGCUUAUGCAGCAAUAUCUCAAUCCCCGUGCCGUUGUCAUGUUUCGUCCAAUGCAGACAAGUUGUGUCCACGACUUGCUACAAGACCUUCUCAGUGAACCAAAUGACUUUUGGAGAAUUAUUAAACGGCGCGUGAAACAUUUCCUAUUUGCAGCAUCGACUGUACUUUCUGCUACUUACGGAUAUCAGGUGGAGCGCAAAGAUGACCCAAUAAUGAAAUUACAUGAACGAACGGACGGCUCCGUAGGCAGAUUUCUUUCUGGAACUACAUUUGUGGACCUUUUCCCACCACUUCGAUACGUGCCUUCAUUUUUUCCAGGCGCAUCAUUCAAGAGACACGCGUUAAAAACCAGCGCAAUAUACCAGGAAAUAAUGGAUCGUCCUUACGAGACAGUGAGAAUCCAACGACUUGCUGGGACAGCAACAUCAUGCCUGCUUGCCCGUAUGCUUGACGAUUAUGAACACCAAGGAAUUGACGAUCAAGAGCGCUACAGAGCCAUCAAGGACACAUCUUCAACAAUAUAUACCUUCUUCUUGGCAAUGGUACUGCAUCCGCAUGUUGCGAGGAAGGCCCAAAGUGUCCUGGACGCCGUUCUGGGUGGCGAACGCCUACCAACAUUUGAUGAUCAGGAAUCUCUUCCCUAUAUAAACUGUAUCUUGAAGGAAUGCCUGAGAUGGAACCCGCCUUUCCCUCUUGCUCUGCCUCAUCGAGCAAUGCGCGAAGGAGCAUUAGAGGGUAAAUAUAUUCCAAAUGGUUCAAUUGUCGUGCCAAACGUCUGGUACAUGAUGCAUGACGAAUGCAAUUAUGACGAUCCGAUGAGCUUCAACCCUGAUCGCUUCUCUAAAAUUGACAACAAAGGAACACCAUCCAUCCUCGAUCCACAGGUAGCUGUAUUUGGCUUCGGCAGGCGAAUCUGUCCAGGGCGUCACUUCGCAGAAGCGGCAGUUUGGCUGACGAUUGCCAAUGUCCUUGCUGUCUUCGAUAUCCUACCUCCCUUAGACGAGAAUGGUCGUGAAAUUCUGCCCAAUUCAGAAGCCAGUUCAGGUUUUGGAAGCCAGCCGGCGGAGUUCACAUGUCGACUUGUUCCUCGUAGUACGGAGGCGGUCAAUUUAGUUAGGAAUGCCAGACGUUGA